AUGGCGAAACCAGUAUCCAAAAAUACCGAAUUAGAUGCGUGGAAAGCUUCGUCAAACGCAGAUACAUCUGCUCGUGGCGAACAACAGCGUCAUCAUGACCGCGAAGAACAAUCCACCACGAUUCAAACAGUACAAAACAUCGCCCUAGCAGAUGCUACGGCUAAACAAAAACCGAGUCUGUGGACAUGGAGAAUGGGACAACUUUAUGUGAUCCUUUUUCUAGCCACGCUAAACGCUGCAGUUAAUGGAUACGAUGGAAGUGUGAUGAGCUCGAUCAAUUCGUAUGCGCAGUAUAGGAGUUACUUUGGAUUUGAUCUUACGGAGGGAACACCGGCGACGGGGAUUGUUUAUGCGAUGUUUACGAUUGGAAAUUUGGUUGGGGCGGGGUUUGCAGGUCCGGCUGCUGAUUGGAAGGGCAGACGAUGGGGUAUGUUCUUAGGCGCGGGCGUUAUUAUCGUGGGAGCAAUCGUGCAAGCUACCAGUCAGAACUUGGCGGCUUUCAUGAUUGGAAGAUUUAUGCUCGGUGUCGGCGCGGCAAUGGGUCCCAGUUCUGCUUUACCCUAUGUAAGCGAGAUGGCGCAUCCAUCUUUUCGAGGCGCGAUGACGGGUGUUUAUACGACGUUUUAUUUCGUGGGAGCUAUACCUGGGACAUUUAUACCAUAUGCUACGAGUUACAUCAAUGGAUCUCAAGCUUGGAGAAUACCGUUGUGGUUGCAGAUGACGUUUUCGGGGAUUGUCUUCAUCUCGGUACUGUUCCUGCCAGAGAGUCCAAGAUGGCUGGUAGCAAAUGAUCGUCAUGAAGAAGCAAUCUACAUUAUGGCAAAAUAUCACGGUGAAGGCGAUCGCAGUUCUCCUCUAGUGCAACUCGAACUCCGUGAGAUGAUGGAGGAAAUCUCCAAAACGGGUGCUGAUAAGCGGUGGUGGGAUUUCAGAGAAUUGUUUGAUUCGAGGGAAGUUCGAUAUCGUACAAUGCUAACUUGUGCUAUUGCUCUGUUUGGUCAGUGGACUGGUAAUGGUCCCGUCAGUUACUACUACCCACAAAUGCUAGCGGGUGCAGGAAUAGAGGAUAAUCACACUCAAUUACUUCUCCAAGGCAUGCAAUCAGUCCUCUCCUUCAUCGGUGCUCUCAUAGGAGCAGCCUACACCGAUCACUGGGGCCGCCGCCCUCAACUUCUCAUCUCCACCUCCCUCAUAUCUCUUCUCUUCCUCAUCAUCCUAAUCCUCAACGCCUUGAACACAACCACCGAUCCCGACACUCAUCUCACGGUCGCAAAAUCCGCAGCAGCGUCUAAUGCCGAAAUCGCCAUGAUUUUCCUCUUCUCAUUUGUGUUUGCGGUGGGUUGGACGCCGAUGCAGGGUCUUUAUGCGGUGGAGGUUCUGAGGUAUGAAAGUCGAGCGAAGGGAAUGGCCGUUUAUACUUCAGUGGGAAAUGUAGCGGGAUUUUAUAAUACUUUUGUGACGGGGAUCGCGUUUAGUGGGGCGGGGUGGAGGUAUUAUUAUUUGUUCAUAUUUUGGGAUUUACUUGAAGUGGCGUUCAUAUACCUUUUCUUCGUAGAAACCAAAGGCAGAACACUCGAAGAAUUAACCGAAAUUUUUAACGCUGCAAAACCAGUCAAAUACUCGUUGAAGAAAUCGGAGGUUCUUAUCCACGGAGAUGAAGGGGUGACUGAGGUAUUGGAGAAGGAACUGGGAAAGGAAACUUUGGGCUAA